AAUUUAAUUAUGAAUUCCUCCUAUAUCGUUAUUUUAACCCUUUUGGCCGUUUUUGGACUUUUCCUGAACCAAUGUGGAGGUCAACAACAACCACCACCACCUAAACCGGCAACUGUAACCGCUGUAAAGCCAGGAGCACCACUACAAAAGGCUGGUGCUAACAAAGACUCUUCUGAAUCAGAUGAGGAUGACAAGCAACAUCCAAAAACAAAUGCUACAGGGGCUGCUCCCCAACCUCUCCCAGCAUUUUGCCAACAAAACGCUGCAGACCCCGCAGUCCAAAAAUGUUGUACAGCGUUGAAAACAGCCGCUGCCACACAUAAACCUCAAGGAAAUGUUAAAUUGCCUGAAUGUGUUCAAUGCGGGCAGAAAUGCAAUAUACCUGCAGCCCCUGUCCCUGCUCAGGUGGCUCCUGCCCAUCCACAAGUGGCUGGAACUCCUCCAAAACCACAUUAAAUGAUAGCU